GCGGCAGGCGGAGACGCGCAACAUUCCACACGCGCGCAAUCAUUGCGAUCGCACAGUGGGAAAAACACAAGAGAGAGACACAAGAGACGCACGAGGAACAUUUACAGUGCUGUUUUCUGUUUGAUAACCACGUUUAAGAAUCCAUAGCGGGAUAUUUUGAGCGGAAUCCCAGCACAGACUAGCCGAGGAAGAUGGGUUUAGUCCCUGCCGUAUCAGUGCUCAUUUUGGCCAUCGCGGUUCCGAGCCUGGCCGGGUACAUUGAGGCGCUGGCAGCCAAUGCAGGUACCGGAUUUGCCGUCACAGAGCCUCAGGUGGCUAUGUUCUGCGGUAAACUCAAUAUGCACAUCAACAUCCAGACUGGCCGCUGGGAGCCGGACCCUUCUGGAUCUAAGACCUGCGUUGGAACCAAAGAGGGAGUGCUGCAGUACUGUCAAGAGAUGUAUCCUGAGCUGCAAAUUACAAAUGUGGUGGAAGCCAACCAGCCGGUCAAGAUCGAGAACUGGUGCAAGAAAGACAAGAAGCAGUGCAAGGGACAUGCCCACAUUGUGGUCCCCUACAAGUGCUUGGUUGGGGAAUUUGUGAGUGAUGUCCUCCUGGUACCAGAGAAGUGUAAAUUUUUCCAUAAGGAGCGUAUGGACAUGUGCGUCAGUCACCAGCAGUGGCACGGUGUGGCCAAAGAGGCCUGCUCUAAAGGAAAUAUGGUGCUGCACAGCUAUGGCAUGUUGCUGCCCUGUGGCAUCGAUAAGUUCCACGGCACUGAGUAUGUCUGCUGCCCAUCUACCCACCCUGAAGAACCCGCACCCCCUGCCUCACACUCUAAAGAGGUAGAAGAUGAGGAUGAGGAGGUAGACGAGCCUGUCGUUGAUGAAUAUGAUGAAGAUGAAGCAGUAGAAGAGAGUGAGCCUGCUGCCAAUGAUCUGCCCACUCCGGAGGAGACAGCUGAAGAGGAGGAGGAGGAGGAUGGAGAUGAGGAGGACUAUCACUAUGUGUAUGAAGAUGAAGAGGAGGACAGAGACAGUGAGGAGAAGGAUGUGAAGAAGAAAGAGAUGUCAGCUGUCCCUGAGAGCCAGGAUGAGGAGAAAAAUCUGCAGGAGGUGGAAGCGGUGUGUUCUCUGGAGGCGGAGACUGGCCCCUGCCGUGCCUCUAAGCCUCGCUGGCAUUUCGACAUGCAGCAGAGGAAGUGUGUGCGCUUCAUCUACGGAGGCUGUGCCGGCAACCGCAACAAUUUCGACUCAGAGGAGUACUGUAUGGCCGUGUGCAAACGUUUGACUGUGCCACCCACCCCUCAACCCACAGAUGAUGUGGACGUUUACUUCGAGACCCCAGCUGACGAUAAAGAGCACAGCCGCUUCCAGAAGGCCAAGGAACAACUUGAGAUCAGACACCGCAACCGCAUGGAAAGGGUGAGGAAGGAGUGGGAGGAGGCUGAGAGCCAGGCCAGGAACCUGCCCAAAGCAGAGAGACAGACACUGAUCCAGCACUUCCAGGCUAUGGUGGAGUCCCUGGAGGAGGAGGCAGCCAGCGAGAAACAGCAGCUGGUAGAGACCCACCUCGCCCGGGUUGAGGCCAUGCUGAACGAUCGCCGCCGUCUUGCUCUAGAGAACUACUUGGCUGCCCUACAGGCUGACCCACCAAGGCCCCACCGUAUACUGCAGGCUCUGAAGAGGUAUGUGCGUGCUGAGAAUAAGGAUCGUCAGCACACCAUCCGCCACUAUCAGCACGUCCUGGCUGUGGACCCUGAAAAGGCCGGCCAGAUGAAGUCCCAAGUGAUGACCCACCUGCGGGUGAUUGAGGAACGGAUGAACCAGAGCCUGUCUCUGCUCUACAAGGUGCCCUACGUUGCAGAGGAGAUCCAGGAUGAGAUCGAUGAGCUUCUCCAGGAUCAAAAGGCAGAUAUGGAUCAGUUCCUGUCCUCCAUCUCCGAGUCUCAGCCUGAUGUCACUGUGUCCUCUGAGGAGAGUGUGGAGGUCCCUGCCUUUGAAGGAAAGCCCUUCCGCCCCUUCCAGGUCAACUCUCUGGGCUCACACCCUGAACCUGAGGGCGAUCUCUCUGAACCCCCUCGCGCCUUCAAGAAAGGCUCUGGCAUGAACAGUCUGGACGGUCUGAUCGGAGCAGAGGAAAAAAUUAUCAACAGCAAGGGCAAGAUCAACGAGAACGUGGUAAUUGAUGAAACUCUGGAUGUUAAGGAAGUGAUUUAUAAUGGUGUUGAUCCUCUGUUCAGUCGCGGAUCAGAGCAGGAAACGUUCCGCCCUCUGGUGGAUGACUUCAGCUUUGGAAGCAGCGCUCUGAUUGGCUUGCUGGUGAUUGCGGUGGCCAUAGCGACUGUGAUUGUGAUCAGUCUUGUGCUGCUGAGGAAGAGGCAGUAUGGUACCAUCAGUCACGGCAUUGUAGAGGUUGACCCAAUGCUAACUCCAGAGGAGCGUCACCUGAGCAAGAUGCAGAAUCAUGGUUAUGAGAACCCCACCUACAAAUACCUGGAACAGAUGCAGAUUUAGCCAUCUGGGGUGCUGUGGAGACAGAGGGGUGAACGUACUACUGACCAACUAUAAAACUGCUCUCUUCAAAUCAUUUCAUGCAUUUGAAAUGCAAACUGUUGUUAAUUAAUGAAAACAAAAAACGGUUUAAUAACGCUACUACUUCUGCUACUGUUGUACGAUGGAGCUCAGUUUUAUGUUCUUUUUUUUUUCUUUUAAAGGCAAUUUGUCAAUGUUUUUUUUUUUAAUCAGGAGAAUGUGAUUCUGCCAAAUAGCUUGGAGAUUAUUUUCCGUACAUUUAAAUUGGAGCAUAUUAUAAUGUUGUUUUAACUUUUAUUAUUUUAAAGGUCAAAUCAAGUCAUAGAGGUACAGCAAAGUCGAAACAAUCAUUAUAAAGACAGCAAUUUCUCUACACCAUUGCUGGCUUUCGGAAAUACCUUUUACUCCCCAAUAGAUUGCUUGUAUAUGAAGGUUAUUUGUAACAACUUAAAUGUAUAGUGAAUCAGAAAAUAUGAAAAGAAUAUAAUUCAUUUAUUUUGUAAUCAUAAAAAACACGAUAUACAUAAAUAGAAAAAGUAGAUGGUACAUUUAUUCAUAGUCUUUUUUUUUUUUUUUUUUUUUCUCCCCAAGAGUUUAAAUUUUGGCUGGGUUUCAAGUUUAAACUUUGAGAUUAAAGGACUCAUAUUCCCGGUCCAAACAUGUGAUGCCAUCACCCGCGUAAGACAUGAUGAAUGAUUCAAUUAGAAUGGCGUGACAAUCUGCCCGAUCUUUUGGCUGAUUGUAGAUGUUUAGAUGUAGAGGUGCCCUAUUUGUUUUCAGGAUGAACAGUUACAUUGCUACAUAAUCUGUGAUUUUGUUUUAAUCUUUUGGUUAUGGUGUCAUAUACUUGGACCAAUAAAACGAUGCGACCCCCGCAGAUGGUCAUUGUUGAUUGGUUGAAGCAGAGAGGGCCAUAAGGCCUCCAGUCUCUCAUAUCGCACUACACUAUCUCUAACUCGGUUUCUACUUAAUGAAUGUUAUUUUUCCUGCUGUUACGUCCACACACUCCAACACUCCCUUUUUAUACAAGUAGAUCUGACCCUUAUAAAUGGUUUGCAUUCAGCUUAGGCUCAAUUUAUUACACAAUUAUACAGCAUUUUCAUGUCAUAGCUGCAUAAUGAGAACAGCUAUGGGGAGUUUUAUCGUGUGGCAGUACUUUGCACACAUUGCUAAAAUCAAAGUGUGUAGAUACAAUAACGGAGUCGUCUGUAAUUGUAAUGCUAUAUGUAAAGUUUAUUGUAUCAGUCCCACCAGGACAGAUGUUAUAAAGGCAAAAACGCACUAAAAGUUACCCAGCUGGAGGCCAGGGCAAGUGAAAGCAAAUCUUAUGCAUUUGUGUGGAAUGCAAGGGAAAAAAUGUCAUCAUUUUUUUUCUCUCUCUUUCUCUCUCUCUUUCCCCCAUUCUUAGCAAUGUCUUUGUAUGCCUGUAUAGUUGAUGUUGCAAUCAUGGCUUUUAUCAAGGACAACCUGUGGUGUGCAUUUUCUUAUACGAGAAGUAAUGAUUAUAUAUUUUUAUGUUCUCUCUUUUUUUUUUUUUUUUCUAUAUUUUCCCCUCUUCCUGUAACAGUAUUUCUGUAUGUGACUUUCACUAUGCACCCAAAUGGCUCCAAUCUUGGACCUUGUCAUUGCCUGCUUGAUUGUGGAAAAGGUUGUAGGGGUGAGGUGGAAAUAAUGUAAGAUUCAUAUAUUAGAAGUUAAAUAUGAUUGAAUCCAAUGGAAAAUGGCUUCAUGGUUACAGGUGGGAAAAACAUCAAUAAAUUCAUUCAAAAACUUC